UUUAAUGUAAGUGGGCGGAGAAACCAAUCCAACGUUGAUACAACUCAGGUGUAAGGAGUUGAAAGCGAGUGGGUUCCCUUUGCUUUUUGAUAUUGUUUUACUCUUUUGUUUUAGGCAGAGAUCUGAGGAGAUAAUUGCAGAAGGGGGUGAAAAGCUUUGAAAAUGUCGGCCCAGGCGCAGAUGCGAGCCAUGCUUGACCAGUUGAUGGGGACGUCCAGGGACGGUGAUACAACUCGGCAGCGAAUCAAAUUCACAGAUGAUCGUGUGUGCAAAAGCCAUCUUCUGAGUUGCUGCCCAAAUGACAUCCUUUCUGGAACUAGGAUGGAUCUUGGAGAAUGUUUAAAGGUUCACGACCUUGCCCUGAGAGCAGACUAUGAAAUUGCUUCCAAGGAACAUGAUUACUUCUUUGAACUUGAUGUAAUGGGGCACACCGAACCUUUGAUUAUAAAAUGUCGUCGUCAGACUCAACUACCGAAGGAAAGACUGGCGGAGGCACAAAAACAAAUUUCAGCUCUCGUGGACAUGAAAGCUGAACGAGUCCAUGAGUUGAAUGAGGAAAUUGGGAAGCUGCUGGCUAAAGCAGAACAGCUUGGAGCAGAAGGCAAUGUAGAAGAAUCUAAGAGGAUACUGGAAGAAGUGGAAGUAGUUCGGGUAAACAAGCGUGAGGCAGAGGACAUCUAUCGCAAUUCCAUGCCAGCCUCCAGUUUUCAGCAGCAGAAGCUGCGCGUGUGUGAAGUGUGUUCUGCCUUUUUGGGUCUCCAUGAUAAUGACAGGCGCCUUGCUGAUCACUUUGGGGGAAAGCUUCAUCUGGGAUUUAUUGAAAUAAGAGGAAAACUGGAAGAACUUACGAAGCGUGUGGCAGAAAAACAAGAGAAACGAAAUCUAGACCGCCUCAGAAGAAGAGAAGAGAGAGAGAGGGAGGAACGGGAGAGGAGGCGAAGAACCAGGUCUCGAAGCAAGAAUCGUAAAAGUAGGUCACGGUCUUAUGAAAGACGUAGGCAUAGAUCCCAUUCUUCUUCAAGGAGCCAUAAAAGGAGGUCUCGUUCAAGAUCCAGAGAGCGUCGUCGCCGACACAGGUCUCGCUCAGGUAGUCGUAGCCGCAGUAGGAGCCACCAUCGACAUGGACGCAGUUCCAGGGAUCGCAGCAGAGAUCACAGCUCAAAGAAAAGGUCUUCUAGGGAGAGGUCAUCUCGAGACAGAGAUCGUUCUUCCAGAGAUAAGCACAGGUCAUCCCAGUCCCGAGACAGAGAGAGAGAUUCCAGAGAUCAAUCAAAAGACCGUGAUGACUUCUCUGAGAGGAGCCAUUCCUAUGAGGAUGCCAAUGGUAACUUUGAGGACAACAGUUCAGAGGAACGAGAGGCAGGAGAAAUUUAAUUCACUGAAGCUGGUUUGCUACCUCUCCACCUUUUCCCCAUCUGCUCUCAAGAAUACGUUCCAUUCAUAACCUGGACCUUUAUCUACUGCUGGUGUCAGAUCCAAGAAAGAAGUCAGCUACACUGCCUUCAUUAUAUGCUGCUUCUCUCCUCUGUUACAAAUUGUUAUUCUCAUACAUUGAGUACCACGUAACUUCUUUUGGGUCUGUUAAUUUGAGACAGAUUGAUGCUGGAUUUGGCAGAAUUAGUAUUAAAAAUGCAAGUAUGGUUUCACAGAGAUUAAUGGAUACUUGCUUCCAAGGUUUUAUUCCUAUUUUCAUUUUUAUUACUGCAUUUUGUAGGAGCCUUUAUUCUUGCAGCAACUUAAAACUUUUUGUCUUGAUUCAUGGUCCCUUCAUAAUCUGGAAACGUAGCAUAGACUGAUAAUACGUGGAGGCUACACAUUUCAUCCCAUUUAAAAUAUUGACGUAUGACGAAUUUUAAGCCAGUACAGUUUUGCACUGGUUUUAAGAAAAACAGUGCAGUAUGUUUUUUAAUCAGGACUUAUCUUAAUAUUUUUGUUGUAAGUUUAAAAAUGGCACACCUGUUCUUGUUUAAGCUUGUAUUGUGAAGUAAAGUAACACUUGAAACUGA